CGGUGUGCACGCGGGGCACGCGGGGACGCCGGCGGCCGGUUGCGCUGAGGCCGGGGCCAGGCGGGGGUGCAUGUGGGCGCUUCGUUCGCUGCUGGGGCUGCGGUCUGUGGCUGGGCGCACCAUGUCGCAGGGGCCGGCACGCCGCCAGCGGCCACCCAAGGACCCGCUACGGCACCUGCGCACGCGGGAGAAGCGCGGCCCAUCGUGGGCGCCGGGGGGCCCGAAUACAGUGUAUGUGCAGGUGGUGGCGGCGGGCGGCCGCGAUGCGGGCGCCGCGCUCUACGUCUUCUCCGAAUACAACCGGUAUCUCUUCAACUGCGGGGAAGGCGUCCAGCGACUCAUGCAGGAGCACAAGCUGAAGGUGUCUCGUUUGGACAACAUCUUCCUGACUCGAAUGCACUGGGCUAAUGUGGGCGGGUUGUGUGGAAUGAUUCUCACGCUGAAGGAGACCGGGCUUCCAAAGUGUGUGCUUUCUGGGCCUCCCCAGCUGGAGAAGUACCUGGACGCCAUCAAAAUAUUUUCCGGUCCACUGAAAGGAAUAGACCUGGCCGUGCGGCCCCACUCGGCGCCAGAGUACAAGGACGAGACCAUGACGGUGUCGCAGGUCCCCAUCUGCAGAGAAGGUGAGCAGGCGGCGGGGACGCCCCAGCCAGCGUCCAGUCCAGAGAGGCCGAGUGCACAGCCAGCUGCGGACCCCGGAUCAGCUGAAGGGGAGCAGCGCCCUGCUGAGGGUGUCGGCCAGAACACGCGUGGCAGGGACCCCUCUUUGGUGGUCGCUUUCAUCUGUAAGCUCCAUUUGAAGAAGGGAAACUUCUUGGUACUCAAAGCAAAGGAGCUGGGCCUCCCAGUCGGAACAGCCGCCAUUGCUCCCAUCAUUGCUGCUGUCAAGGAUGGGAAGAGUGUCACCUACGAAGGAAGAGAGAUUUUGCCUGAAGAGAUCUGCACGCCUCCGGAUCCUGGGGUCGCUUUCGUCGUGGUGGAGUGUCCAGACGAAGGGUUCAUUCAGCCCGUGUGUGAGAACGCCACCUUCAGGAGUUACCAAGGAAACGCCGAAGCCCCCGUGGCCCUGGUGGUUCACAUGGCCCCUGAGUCUGUGCUCCUGGACAGCAGAUACCAGCAGUGGAUGGAGAGGUUCGGGCCUGACACCCAGCACCUGGUUCUGAACGAGCACUGCGAGUCGGUCCACAACCUCCGCAGCCACAAGAUCCAGACGCAGCUCAAUCUCAUCCACUCCGGCAUCUUCCCCCAACUCGCCAGCCUCCACCCGCAGGAAGGAGUUGCCACCUUCCAAGUGCCCACAGUGCGGGGCCAGUGUCUCCUCAAGUACCAGCUCCGGCCCCGGCGGGAGUGGCAGAGGGACGCCGUCGUGACCUGCAACCCCGAGGAAUUCAUCGCCGAGGCCAUGGAGCUCCCCGGGUUCCGGGAGCGCCUGCAGGAGUACAGGGCGACAGCGCAGGACGACCCGCCGGCAGAGGAGAGAGGCCGGUACCCGGAGGUGGUCUUCCUGGGCACGGGCUCCGCCAUCCCGAUGAAGAUCCGCAACGUCAGCUCCACGCUCGUCAAUGUCAGCUCCGACACGACCCUGUUGCUGGACUGUGGGGAGGGCACGUUCGGGCAGCUGUGCCGCCACUACGGAGACGACGUGGACCGGGUCCUGGGCGCCCUGGCUGCCGUGUUCGUGUCCCACUUGCACGCAGAUCACCACACAGGCUUGUUGAACAUCCUGCUGCAGAGGGAGCGAGCUCUGGCGUCGCUGGGAAGGCCGCUCCGCCCUCUGCUCGUGGUCGCCCCGACCCAGCUCAGGACCUGGCUCCAGCAGUACCACAACCACUGCCAGCGGGUGCUACAGCAUGUCAGUGUUAUUCCUGCCAAAUGCCUUCAGAAGGGAGCUGAGGUUUCCAACCCCGACAUCGAAAGGUUGAUUAGUUUGCUGCUAGAAACAUGCGGCCUGAAGGAGUUCCAGGCCUGCCUGGUCCGGCACUGCAAGCACGCGUUCGGCUGUGCGCUGGUGCACCCCUCUGGCUGGAAGCUGGUCUAUUCGGGGGACACCAUGCCCUGCGAGGCUCUGGUCCAGAUGGGGAAGGACGCCACCCUCCUGAUCCACGAGGCCACGCUGGAAGACGGGCUGGAGGAGGAAGCCGUGGAGAAGACACACAGCACCACGUCCCAGGCCAUCGGCGUGGGCAUGCGGAUGCACGCGGAGUUCAUCCUGCUGAACCACUUCAGCCAGCGCUACGCCAAGAUCCCGCUCUUCAGCUCUGACUUCAACGAGAAAGUGGGCAUCGCCUUUGACCACAUGAAGGUCAGCCUGGGAGACCUCCCGACAGUGCCCAAGCUGAUGGCGCCGCUGAAGGCCCUGUUCGCGGGCGACCUGGAGGAGAUGGAGGAGCGCAGGGAGAAGCGGGAACUGCGGCAGGUGCGGGCGGCCCUGCUCGCGGAGGUCGGGGAUGGGGAGCCCCCCCAGAAACGGGCCCACGCCGAGCGGCCCCCGAGCCCGCAGAGCAAGAAGGUCAGGGCCCAGUAGAGGCGCGCGGAGCCGCUGCCGGUGGAGGAAGCGUGGAAGCAUCUGGUUUGAAAGCAUCGCGUGGGACGGGAGCACCCCCCACCCCUGUGGCGGCCCAGCCCGGGAGCGCCAGGCUGCGGACGUGAUUCUGUGGUAACCUGGCCUCCAGGACCAGCCUCCUGAGGACAGUACAGCAGUGCGCUGGGCACCUGACUGUUGGCCCAGGUACCAGGUACCCACCGUGCCCAGAAGUGGCAUGAUGAUGCCCAGGGCCCCCGGAGCCUGUCCCUAGGGCCACCACCCCUGUGCAGCCUCGUAACUUGGUGGAAAUCAAGUGCUGAUUCACCACAGUGGUAGGUGACGGGCCCGGCCCAUGCAGUGGCGUGGCAGCGCCAGUCUUGCCAGUCGUGCCGGGGCCCGCAUGGACGAGCCCUGCAGUGCCCUUCCGGGUGUUGGGAAGUACCACGCACGCCAGGCUCCCUUGCCCUGCUGGUGAUCUCAGGUCUCCUCCUGAGGUAGCACGUGGCAUGACUCCCAGGUGCCCCCGAGCUUAUUAUCAUUAAAACAAGAUGGGCCACGCUCAGGGAUAAUAAAUCUAUUUUAAUAACAUUA